UAAAAUUCGAGUAUAAAAGCCCCCUCUCUGCAACCCUCAGACACACAACUCUCUCGUCUUGGUUUUCGUCUUUGAGCAUUUCUUCAUUUUCUUCACAGAAGACACGAUGGUUGAUCAGGUUCAACACCCUACCAUCAUGCAAAAGGUAGCUGGCCAGCUCCUUCAGCAAUCCAUUCAGAAUCAUGAUACUGGCUUCCAGAAACAGGGGAUGUACCAGAGACGUCCUCAUUCAUAUGGGAAUUACUCCAAUGCUGCAAUAUCACAGUACCCCAUGAUGCAAUCUUGCAAGGCUACAACUGAUCUCUCUAUGAUUCCAUCAACUGCAUCCCCAGUUUUUGUGCAGGCCCCUGCAGAGAAAAGCCACUUUGUCAUUGAUUUCCUCAUGGGUGGUGUUUCUGCUGCUGUAUCGAAGACCGUUGCUGCCCCCAUCGAGCGAGUCAAGCUUUUGAUUCAGAACCAGGAUGAAAUGAUCAAGGCCGGUCGCUUGUCUGAACCCUACAAGGGCAUUGGGGAGUGCUUCUCCAGAACAAUCAAGGAAGAAGGAUUUGUUUCACUGUGGAGAGGAAACACUGCUAACGUCAUCCGUUACUUUCCCACACAAGCUUUUAACUUUGCAUUCAAGGAUUACUUCAAGAGUCUAUUCAAUUACAAGAAAGAUAGGGAUGGUUAUUGGACGUGGUUUGCUGGUAAUUUGGCCUCAGGAGCUGCAGCUGGUGCUUCUUCCUCUUUGUUUGUCUACUCUUUGGACUAUGCUCGUACCCGUUUGACUAUGGAUGCCAAGGCUGCAAAGCAUGGAGGAGAAAAACAAUUCAAUGGUCUGGUUGAUGUCUACAGGAAGACAUUGAAAUCUGAUGGUAUUGCUGGUCUAUAUCGUGGUUUCAAUAUAUCAUGUGUUGGUAUCAUUGUUUACCGUGGUCUCUACUUUGGACUCUAUGAUUCACUCAAGCCUGUGGUUCUAACGGGAAGUCUGCAGGACAAUUUCUUUGCUAGCUUCGCUCUUGGAUUUUUCGUCACCAAUGGGGCUGCUCUUGCUUCCUACCCUAUUGACACUGUCCGUAGAAGAAUGAUGAUGACCUCUGGUGAAGCAGUCAAGUACAAGAGUUCUAUGGAUGCCUUCGCUCAGAUUUUGAAGAAUGAGGGUGCCAAGUCCCUGUUCAAGGGUGCUGGUGCCAACAUGCUCCGUGCCGUUGCUGGUGCUGGUGUCCUUUCUGGUUAUGAUAAAUUGCAGCUGAUCAUGUUCGGGAAGACGUACGGGUCUGGAUCCGGUUAAGAAUGUCUUGUGUCUGGGAAAAAUGAGGACACUUUGACAUCGAUUCUUACUUCUCAGGGAAAUAAGACUUAGUGAAGCUAGGUGUGUUUGGCCCUUGUGCUCUCCUUGCUGGUAUUACUGGUUCUCAGGCUUUGGAGAAAUGUUACCUCAAGACUUAAGGCCACCGUGGGAAAUGGCAUGAAGCUCAUGUCACCUGAAACCUGCUAGCCCGUACUCUCAUGUGUAUAUAUGUUUGUCUUACGGAUGUUUAGGGUGUGAUAUAACAGACUGUGCUUCUAGAUAUCUUUUUCCUUGCAUCGUUCUUCAUAUAUUUGUUUCGUGUUAAGCUCUUAGAU